GCAAUGUUCAGAUAUUCUGUAAGCAACGGGCACACCAAGCUAAAAAGGAAACCCUAAUUUUUGCACUAUAUAACGCUGUCUAAUCUGUGUGAUAUUCCACCAUCGCUCUCUGUGAUCAAUACUAGCUAAAAAUCACCGAAGCCUCCAUCGAUUUCUCAUCGUGUUCUCUAUCUCAAUAAUCAACGAAGCCAGCGGCAAUUGAUUUUUCGUCGUCUUCUCUCUCUUUCUCUUACUAUUUUCUCUCUCUAAAACUCUAUUUCUUUAAUCUGGUUUUCUGUUUUGCAGGGAUUUUUUUUUUCCCCUUUUGAUUUUGUAGGUAUCUUUCUCUUUUUUUUUGUGCUAACGUUAUGGAUGCAGGAUCUAGGAGGAUCUCUUCAUUAAGCAAGACACAGUCUCGAUGCCCUCUUCAAGAACAGUUUAUGCAAAGGAGAAAUGCUCGAGAAAACUUGGAUAGAUUCAUACCAAAUCGGUCUGCAAUGGAUUUUGACUACGCACAUUACAUGCUGACCGAGGGGAGGAAAGGCAAAGAGAACCCGGCUGUGAGCUCUCCAUCCAGGGAAGCAUACCAGAAGCAACUGGCAGAAACCUUCAACAUGAACCGGACCCGUAUACUGGCUUUUAAGAACAAGCCCCCCACUCCUGUUGAGGCGAUUCCCUGCAAUUUCUCCUCAUCUGUUCACCAGUCCAAACCAAUAAAGCCCCGUCGGUACAUUCCCCAGACUUCUGAGAGGACAUUAGAUGCUCCCGAUCUGGUUGAUGAUUACUACUUGAAUUUAUUAGAUUGGGGUAGCAGCAAUAUUCUUGCCAUUGCUCUUGGAAACACGGUAUAUCUAUGGGAUGCUUCUGAUGGUUCUACCUCAGAACUUGUCACCCUUGAUGAUGAAAAUGGACCAGUGACAAGCGUAAAAUGGGCUCCUGAUGGCCGACACAUAGCUGUUGGCUUAAACAAUUCUGAAGUACAUCUUUGGGAUUCUACAGCCAAUCGACAGUUGAGAACUUUGAGAGGUGGUCAUCAAUCACGAGUUGGGUCCCUGGAUUGGAACAAUCAUAUUUUGACAACAGGAGGAAUGGAUGGUCAAAUCAUCAACAAUGAUGUAAGAGUCAGAUCACAUGUAGUUGAAACCUAUAGGGGACACCAUCAAGAAGUUUGUGGGUUAAAAUGGUCAGCCUCAGGCCAGCAAUUAGCAAGUGGGGGAAAUGACAAUCUCCUCCAUAUAUGGGACAGAUCAGUGGCUUCUUCUAAUUCCCCAACACAGUGGCUUCACAGGCUCGAAGACCACACAGCUGCAGUGAAAGCACUUGCUUGGUGCCCAUUCCAGGGUAACUUGCUGGCCUCUGGUGGAGGAGGAGGUGACAGGUGUAUAAAAUUUUGGAACACCCACACUGGAGCAUGCUUGAAUUCGGUUGACACAGGCUCUCAGGUUUGCUCUCUGUUGUGGAACAAGAAUGAGCGUGAGCUACUUAGUUCUCAUGGUUUUACUCAGAAUCAGCUCACUCUUUGGAAAUACCCAUCAAUGGUGAAAGUAGCAGAGCUUACUGGUCAUACAUCCAGAGUUCUUUUCAUGGCUCAAAGCCCGGAUGGAUGUACGGUUGCUUCUGCAGCAGGGGAUGAAACACUGAGAUUUUGGAAUGUUUUUGGGACUCCUGAAGUGGCAAAACCUGCACCAAAGGCAAACCCGGAGCCAUUUGCUCACUUAAACGUAAACCGGAUUCGUUGAGUGUCAUUGGAAAAGAAUUGGUUGAGGUCUCAUACACAAGAUCAGUAAACUUGUCAACGAGGCAAACCUGGAACCAGCUUACUUAAACGGAAUUCGUUGAAGAUCAUUAAUGUUUGGUAUGAUGAUGGCAAACAUAAUCUCGUAUUAUUCUCAAACUAAACUAGUUGCAGGUAAACCAUAUAUCUUCUAAACUGAGAUUUUGGAAUGUUUUUGGGACUCCUGAAGUGGCAAAACCUGCUCCAAACCGCAUUCGUUGAGUGUCAUUGGAAAAGAAUUGGUUGAGGUCUCAUACACAAGAUCAUUAACUUGUCAACGAGGCAAACCUGGAACCAGCUCACUUAAACCGAAUUUAUUGGAGAUCAUUAAACUUGUCAACGAGGCAAACCUGGAACCAGCUCACUUAAACCGAAGAAAAUCAUUGAUGUUUGGUAUGAUGAUGGCAAACAUAAUCUCGUAUUAUUCUCAAACUAAACUAGUUGCAGAUAGAUGGUGAAUACGGCUUGUUUCCAACUGGUUUUCAUUAAACGUCUAAAAACGACCUCUUUAUAUUUCUUAAUUAUGAGCUCAAGAUAAGAGAAGAAGCACCAUGAAUACAGCAGCUUGCUUUCAACUGGAUCUCAUUUGUAUUUCUGAUUUUUGACCUCAAGAUGAGAGAAGCGAAACACCAUGGAAAUGGUAGAGAAAAGGAGAUUCUAAUUUCUGUUGUACACCAAAUUGUACUCGGUGAAAAAUUAUGGUGGAUGUAGUCGCCGCCCCCAUCUUUGUAUUUCUGAUUUUUGAGCUUGAGAUAAGAGAAGUGACCAUGGAAAGGGUAGAGAAAAGGGAGAUACAUAUUUCUGUUGUACGCACCAAAUUGUACUUUAAUGGAAGCUCUUCUUUGCCCAUGGACGUAGUCAGACAUUGUGACGAACCAUGUAAAACUGGGGGUCUUUUGCUUAUGAUUCUUUCUAUGCCUUUUGUUUCCUCUUAAAA